AUAGAGUCCAGUAGUUGCAGUACACACAGUACAGCCAGAAGAAAGACUGGAAAUACUAAAAGGGGACCUUUCCCUUGGAAGUAAGAAAGGAAGAGCUCCAGGAGACAAGCUUUGUUGCAGAGGCCAUGGGCUUCUGGAAGCAAGAGAAAAGCAACACCUGGACUUUUCCCACUGUGAUCCUCUGCCUCUAUGGAUUCUUCUACAUGAUGAAACCAUCAGAACCUUUCCUAACACCCUAUCUAACAGGACCAGAUAAAAACCUGACCAUGGAUGAGGUUACCAACCAGAUUUUCCCACUGUGGACAUACUCCUACCUUGCACUCCUUUUCCCAGUCUUCCUGAUUACAGACUACGUGCGCUACAAACCCGUCCUCCUCCUCCAGGGCAUCAGCUUCGUCAUCACGUGGCUCUUGCUCCUCUUCGCACACGGAGUGGCGGCCAUGCAGGUGGUGGAAUUCUUCUACGGGAUGGUGACAGCCACCGAGGUCGCCUAUUACGCCUACAUCUACAGUGUCGUCAGCACCGAUCGCUAUCAGAGAGUGACGAGCUAUUGCAGGAGUAUCACGCUUGUUGCAGCCACCAUUGCCGCGGUGCUGGGGCAGCUGCUGGUUUCCUUAGCAGGUGUAUCCUACUUUCACCUGAACGCCAUUACUUUGGCUUCCGUGUCCCUGGCAUUGGUGUGCUCCUUUUUCCUCCCAAUGCCCCAAAAGAGUAUGUUCUUCCACAGGAAAGAUGUCUCGGAAACUCUCCCGGGACCAGAUAAAGCUGCGGCUACAGGCGGCACCGACGGGCCACCGAGCCGCCCAGAGGACAAGAGCUCUGCAUCUGCUGACAGGGCACCGGCACCCGAGCAGCAGGCUGAGAAUGCCAAACCCCAGAGUCACAUGCUCAGAGUACUGGUGCAGCUGGGCAGGGACCUGAGGGAUUGCUACAGCUCUAGGAAACUUCUGUACUGGUCCCUGUGGUGGGCUCUGGCUACAGCAGGCUUUAACCAGGUUCUGAAUUACAUCCAAGUGCUGUGGGACUUCAGAGCCCCCGCUCACAGCUCUGCAGUGUACAACGGAGCCGUUGAAGCAAUAGCAACUUUUCUGAGCUCAGUAACAUCUUUCAUAGUACAAUAUAUGAAAAUUAAUUGGGACCUUUUUGGAGAACUGUCUUUAGGGAUCUUCUCUGCAAUAGAUGCUGGUUCUCUAUUUCUCAUGCACUUCACUACCAACAUCUGGGCAUGUUACGCUGGCUAUCUCAUUUUCAAAGCAUGCUAUAUGCUCCUCAUAACAAUAGCAACGUUCCAGAUUGCAGUCAAUCUGAGCAUGGAACGCUAUGCCUUGAUGUUUGGAUUCAACAACUUCAUUGCACUGGUGAUUCAGACCAUUCUUACAGUAGUCGUUGUGGAUUCAAGAGGCCUGGGACUGGACAUAGUGAUUCAGUUUUUGAUUUAUGCCAGCUACUUUGCAGUCAUAGCUGGGAUUUUCUUGGUCAGAAGCAUUUUCAUGCUUGUCUCAAGCAAAUGCAAAAGGAAGACAGCAAGAUCUUGCAAAGAUCAUCUGAAACAUGCUGAACACGAAUCAGAAGAGCAGAUUGUAACUGGCUACAUGACACGGCUGUAGGAGUCAGACAGACAGGCUCACGUGGCCAGGCCUGUGUGGGAGAAGAGCUCCUGCUGCAGCAUGCAGGGAACAGCAGUGCAAGAUGAAUGUACAACACAGCCCUGAAAAGCUAUGCUGAAUUGCUACAGCACUUCACUACAACAUAUGCCAGCUAAGGGAUCACCGUAAUGGCCCUGUGCCAAGAAGAAAAGAUAAGUUGCUUUAGAUUCUUACUUAUUUGCCUAUAAAUAGGUUAUCAGCAGUAAUUUAUACACAAGAAUAGAACAACCACCUUGAAUCCCACCAUGCGUGAUGGCAAAGAUCAGCAUUCACCCUGCCCUUGCUUGUUCCAGCUCUUGUAUAUGGUGUUGGCAAGCUGCUUCCAUGCAGAUUUGCUCAUGCAUGUGGGUGAAGGGUCUAUCCCCCCUUUUGCACAUACCUUGUUCUGAACCAAGGAAGAAGGGAUUGCAUUUGCAUCAUUAUUUUCUUUCUUACCUACCUAUAGGCAAUUCACUGACAGACUCCUCCUUUCUAAUUUAAAAGCCCAUGUCAGAAGUGGGCCUUUUGCACACAACAGUGCAGAAAAGCAGGGUUUGUACAACCUGUCUGAGAAGGUUCACUAAGACACUGCUUAAGCCACAGUUACUGCUUGGCCCACAUUUGAAAGCUGCAACCUAAACACUGUACUGAGUCCAUAGCAAUCUCAGUCUACAAGGGAAAAACUUCAGAGUCAAAAAAAAAAAAGAGCGAGCUCCGCUCCUUUCCUUGUGCCUCCAGUAAAAGUAAAUUCAAUACUGAGUGUCUUCCUGUUUCAACAGGAAAAAGAAAAAAAAUAAAAUCAAAGGGAUUGAGUAGUAUGGACUGAAGCCAGAGAAGUACAUUGUGGAGAAAUUUGGCUGAUUCUGCACAGGAAAACUUCAGACUGACACAAAUAUCCAGGAAAAUUUAUAACUGAAAAAGCUAGCAUCAUGUGUGCUUUUGAGUCCAGAUGAGGGAGGUCCACUGACCUUGACCAAGGGUUUGUCAGGGUCAGCACCUCCGAAUUUAUCAAGAAGCUUCAAGUCCUAUGGUUAAUUUAGUCCAGCACAUAGGACAUUUAGUCCAGGAUAAGAAAAAAGGCUGUAAAUGAGUUUGCAUAGUGAAUGCCUAAUUUAAUAUGAUAUCCAUAUAUUAAAGUUAUUUCUGUACUGUUGUUUGCCUCUAGCUUUCAAUACCUACAUCUAACUAAUAAAAAUAGAAAAUACUUAGCAUUUGGAAAACGGUAUUUUUCCUGUAGAGCCACAAGCUAUCAUUUGUACAGACAUACGUGCUUUUGAUACAACUGUCACAUACCGCAACUAGGCAAACUGCCCAGAGGUGAGAGCAAGCAGGAGAGAAACAAUUUAUUUCAAGUCACAAGAAUAAUAGGUAGGAUUUGACCAAAUGAACCUAGCUAAUUUUCUAGGGUCUUUGCUUACUAUUGUGCACUGCAUGGACAUUCUCUGUUGUAAACUGGCUCUAAGC